ACUUCUGUUACAUGCAAGAUAUAGAGAGAGAAACAGAGAAUAUAGAGAGAGAGACAACCACUGUGUGUGUGAAUUUGCCAAGAAUACCAUUAUACUUACAUCAGAUCUGCUGUAUUCUCUCCUCUCAAUACAUUCUUGAUUCUUUUCAUCACAAUUCAAUCUCAAAAAACUCUGAACCACUGUGUGUGUGUGUGUAAAUUGCUCUGUUUUAGCUCAUUUCUAUUGACAUUCAUCCACUGUGUCAACUCAGUGCCACGCGUCACUUUCUCACUCUUUUAGCUCAAUUCUUAUGCUCUACAGUGAAAAACACGAAUUGGGUAUUCUUUAUUUUAUUGAAAUUGGUGUUUUUCAGCUUCAUGGUAGUUUUCCGGCAGUGUCCGCCGGAGCUCCGGUGAGCUCCGGCGAAAACUGUGAAAAGGGUGUGUUAUAAAUGAGAUAAAGUGUGGGGUAAAAGUGUAAAAAUGUUCAAGUCAGCGCGGUGGAGGAGUGAGAAGAACAAGAUCAAAGUUGUGUUCAAGUUGCAGUUUCAUGCAACUCAGGUAGCAGGCGAUGCAUUGAUGAUAUCUGUAGUCCCUGCUGAUGUGGGGAAGCCGACAUUAAAACUAGAGAAGGCGAUAGUUCGUGAUGGGAGCUGUUACUGGGAUAAAGCAGUUUUUGAAACUGUGAAGUUGAUUCAAGAACCGAAGUCGGGGAAGAUUCACGAAAAGAUCUAUUACUUCAUCUUGGGAACCGGGAGUUCAAAAGCUGGAGUUGUCGGAGAAGCUUCAAUUGAUUUCUCGAAUCAUGCAGAGGCAUCUAAGAUAUCCUCCGUUGCUCUUCCGCUCAAAAAUUCAAAAUCAGGAGCUGUAUUGCAUGUUUCAAUACAGAGGAUUCAGGAUUCUUCUGAUCAAAGUGUUGUUGAAGAAUUCGAAAAUGCAAAACCAAAUUCGGACGAUAGGAUCUUGAGGACGCAACCAAGCAACGAUGAAGUAGAAGCUAGCCUUAAUGACAAUUCUACAGAGGAUGGUUUAAUCAACAAGCCUAUUUUGCACAAUGGUGUACUGAAUGGCAACCGCCGGGCAUCAGGUGAAUCGGAUAUUACCAUGUCCAGUUCUGGUAGCAGCUCGGGACUUGAUACGCCUCGGCAAAUCAAAACGAGAAACAACAUUAGCCAUCAGGAUCACAUAAACUUCCCUUCGUCUCCGAAUCUUGCUUUGGUUCCCCGGAACCCCAGUGUCGAUGUCUGUACAACAGUUUACGAAGAAAAUCAGCAAUUGGAUUGGUUGGCGGGUUCUGCUCUUGAAGUAAGUACAGAUGGUUCUUCAAGCACUCCAAGAGAAGCUCUUCAGAGAUUAGAAUCACAAGAGGUGUUGGAUGUUGUUAUCGCAAAGCUAAAAUCCGAGCUCACAGCUUUUGCUAGGCAGGUAGAAGUGUCAGACUUGGAACUUCAAACUCUUCGUAAACAAAUUGUCAAGGAGUGCAAAAGAGGGCAAGAUCUCUCAAAAGAGGUUGCGAGCCUGAAAAAAGAACGAGACGCUCUCAAGGAAGAAUGCGAUAAACUUAAAGCCUCUCAAAGGCGUUUAGACGAGGCGAAAUCCAAAGACAAGUUGCUAUAUGAAAGUGGGGAUCUUCAAACUCUUGUUAGUGAACUUAGGCAAGAAUUGAGUUAUCAAAAGGACCUUAAUGCAAAUCUAGAAAUACAACUUCAAAAGACGCAAGAAUCGAAUUCGGAGUUAAUUCUUGCUGUGCGUGACCUAGAUGAAAUGUUAGAGCAGAAAAACAAAGAAAAUGUUAGCCAUUCCAACAAAUCAACGACAUCUUUUGACGCUGAAAGGUUUCCGGACGUUAUCUCGAAGCAUGAAAUGACGGAUGAAGAUGACGAAGAGCAAAAAGCGCUAGAGCAGCUCGUGAGAGAGCACAGCGACGUCAAGGACACAUAUAUGCUGGAGCAAAAGAUCACGGACCUGCAUGGUGAAAUCGAGAUAUACAGGAGAGAAAGAGAUGACUUAGAGAUGCAGAUGGAGCAACUUGCCCUCGACAAUGAGAUACUGAAGCAAGAAAACCAUGACAUGUUAUACAAAAUUGAGCAAAGCGAGAUUCAGGAACAACUGAAAAUGCAAUAUGAAUGUGAGACUUCUUAUGCAACUGUAAGUGAACUUGAAGCGCAGAUAGUGAGUUUGGAGAAUGAGCUGAAGAAUCAAUCUAAAGAAUUCUCCGAUUCAUUGGCUACUAUAAGUGAGCUUGAAGCUCAAGUCAGUAACCUGGAGCAAGAACUAGAACAGCAAGCUCAAGGAUUUGAAGCUGAUCUCGAUACCCUUAGUCGUGAUAAAAUCGAACAAGAGAAGAGAGCAAUAAGAGCUGAAGAAGCCUUGAGGAAGACAAGACGGCAAAAUGUUAUUACAGCAGAGCGGCUUCAGGAGGAACUUAAAGGGCUAUCCAUGCAAAUGGAAUGCUCACUCAAAGCGAGUGAAAAGUUGGCUACUAAAGCUUUAAACGAAGCUAAUGAGCUCCGCCUACAGAAAUUGCAACUGGAAAAGAUGCUUCAAAAAUCAUCCGAGGAGCUCCAAUCAAUCAAAGCGCAUUACGAAGCAAAGGUGUUUGAGCUUUCUAGUCAAGUAACUAAUAUGUCGGAUCAAACGGAAAAGUUGCAGUCGGAAAUUGAAGAAAAAUCCGUGCGCCUAGAAAAACAAGAAGAGCUGGCUAAAGAAACUGAGCAGCACCUGUCACAGAAAAUCAUCUCUCUUAAAGCGGAGAUUGAAAAUCUAUUGACAGAAAAGAUUAUCCUUUCUCAGCAUGAAGAACAUAAGAACACUCUGGCGAAUGAGUUGGAAAAAACGAGGAAAUCGAUUGAGGACAUGCAAUUGGUUAUAGAGCAAGGUCACAGUGAAAGAAGAGAACUGGAAACUAGGCUAGCUUCAGUGGAAAAAGAAGCUCUAGAGACUGCGACGGAAUUAAACACUACGAGGUCUCUUAUGGAUGAGAAGGACACAUUAACUGCAGAACUGCAUUUCGAAGUGGAUAUCCUUAUAUCUGAAUGCAAAGAAAUGAAGAGCUCUUUGUUUGAGAAUGAAUUGGAGAAAGAAAUUUUGAGAAAGCAGGUAUCCGAGUUAAAAGAUGAUCUGAUAGAGAAAGAGAAUGCAUUGAAUAGUUUGGACGAAAAGCUCGAAGAUGCAAAUGAUCAAGUUGCAAGUCUAAAAGAGAUAAUAAAGUUACUUGAGGGUCAGAUCAAGCUGAAGGAAAAUGCACUUGAUAACUUAACGAAUUCAUUUACGGAGGAGGAGAAAGACCUUCAAGACAAAAUCGAAGAAUUAGAAAGAAGGUUAGAAGAACUCCGGCAUAGCACGGAAAGGCUCCGCGAACAAAAGUCCGAACAGGAGGCUGCGGAAGAUCUAAAUCUUGCGACUAUAACAUGCACAGAAGAUCAAAAUCCCUGUCGAACAUUGUCUACAGAGAGCAACAUCUGUUUGUCGGACAAGGAAAUGGAAAACGCAGCAUCUAAUACUGGAAAUCUUGAUGAACUAUCAAAAGAAAUGGAGCUAUUGAGGGAGAGGAACAAGUUAAUGGAAGUUGAACUGAAGGAAAUGCAAGGGAGAUAUUCAGAAUUAAGCCUCAAAUUUGCAGAGGUUGAAGGAGAAAGACAGAAGCUUGUUAUGAGAAUGCGAAACAUUAAGAGCGCGAAAAAGAGCUCAUAAAACACUCCCAUGCAAACCAGAUACAAGUAUAGGUAACAAAAAUAAAUGUAAAUUAGUGAGGU